GUUUUGAUCGAGURUAGCACGUGCAUUUAGCAAAACAAAGUCCUUCAAAUUCUUAUAUUUUUUGAGAUUUUUACUUACGGCUAUCGUCUCUUCUUGUUUAGAAUGACAGGAGGUAACGUUUACAAUCGGCCAAGAUCGGCAUUACAGAAGAAUCUCAAGAGAGCUGGGAGGAUUAAAAAACAACAGAAAAAACGUCAAAGUACAACMAAGUCAGAAAGAGUGAAAGAUGAUCUUGUUACUGGUCAUAUUUUACGAAAAACAAAAACAAAUCCAAAAGCAAACAUAACUUUAUCAGGGAAAAAGAAAAGAUUGAUAUUAAAGCAAGUCAAAAGAGAACAAAAAGAGAAAUUAACUAUGGAUUUAGACAAGACAAAUACAGAAGAAAAAAACCCUGAACWGCAAAAGCAAGGAAAAGAGAAAAUGGACCUCAGUUAAAACUUAAUAUGAUAAUUCCCAGACUCUUUUAUCUAUAAACCCUAAACAGCUGUGUUGGAUCACAUGAUUGGCUAAUUCAAAGACCAAAUUAAUUCAACUCUGUAUGUAUGGAGGUUUUGCRUUUGUAGAUUUAUAGCCUUCGUAACCUUUAGGGAAGUUAGUGAAGAUACAAGAAAGAGAUCACUAAAAGAUUGUUGGGGUUCCUGUGGUGUAUGCCAAAUAAUUCACACAGGAAGUCCAAGACAAUGACACAAGUGUAACAAAAGAAAACAGAAAUUGUUGCUAUUAAAAAUGAAUGCAGAACUGGUAGAUUGAUUUGA